CUGGUACCAUGACGGCGAGAGACGCAUGAUGAACGACUUGCUCGUAGCACUAAGAGUCGAAUGAACUCCACCAAGACAAAAGAAUCCACAAGAAGACCCACGAUCAGCAAGAGACCGGGGGUUUUAAAAGCAAUCUGGGGACCUCCACACCGUUCAGAGAGCAGGGAAAAACGUUCUAGAUAUACCAACACCACGGCCGCGCAGCCUGCAGCUUUCGGAGUAAAUCCUCCUGGUCAGCCACCAGAUUGAUCCAUCGUAUGGCCAGCGUCCUCUUCCAACUAAACUCCAACCAACCAAAACCAGCCAAAACCAACAGCCAACUGAGAAAGCCCAAAUCAAGAAUUGCCGGGGUUCCCAAGUCCCUUUCCCCAUCCAGUAGCUCCAAAAGAGAAACCCCCCGGGCCGGCCGCUAAUGCGGCUUUUCCGUGCUUGUCCCAUUGCGGGGGGGCCAGCCCACUUGGAUAACCCCAGCGACCACUCGUCGACAACUCUCCACCUCGGGUGAUGAUUGAUGGGAAAACGCGCCCCGCCAAACUUUUACCAUUCAGAUACCAGCCCUGCACAUCCCACUCAUUGGCCUCCAUCCGCACAAUGAAUGCUUUGGGGGAAAGGCCCCUCGUUAAGCGUGGCUCCAAGCGGGCUACUAUUCCCGACCGGGUCUGGUGGUGGCAUGCCAGCUCCUCGGCAUGAAGUGGUCGAGACUCGGCCCCGCAGGAGAUUUACCAUUUCCAGGACUGCGAUUUGAAGGGCGUGAGAUAAAUUGGCGGCUGGCUUCCUAGGGACGAACCGGGAUUUGUUCCUUUCAGUUACUUAAUUUUUUUUCCCACUGGUCGCUUUUGGCCUAUCGCGUGGCCAAUUCUUUGUUGCUAUUAGCCAUACUCGGACGGAGUACUUCGGGAGUAAACAACGUGAGUCUUCUUUGGUGAUUCUUCUGGCUAUUUAACCGUUCACGUACGAUCGGUUGAUUUCUUUCGUUGGCUUGGCCGUGGCUUAAAUCUGGCUCGGGUUUCUGGCUCUGGUGCUUCGUUGCUCUAUAAGUGAAAGCCACCGGAGUCGUCUGUAAAGGGGACAAGAUCACUGAACGGAUUUGGUUAUUUUUUUUUGUCAAAAGUAAAAAGGAUCGAGACUAAAGCUCCCCCAUAUUUUUUCAAGGCAUUCAACAGUCCUGGGAUAGCGCUAGCGAAUCAUCAUGACUUCUUUCACUAAGCUCGAGGACCAUGAGACCCCGGUCAUCGCUGUCCAUCCUUCCCGCCGCGUCUCGAAGAUCAACCCCAAUAUCUAUGCUGGCUUUACUGAGCACAUGGGCCGAUGCAUCUAUGGCGGCAUCUAUGACCCCGGUAACCCACUCUCCGACGAGAACGGCUUCCGCAAGGACGUUCUCGGCGCGCUGAAAGACCUCAAUAUUCCCGUCGUUCGUUAUCCUGGCGGCAACUUCUGCGCUACUUAUCACUGGCUCGAUGGUGUCGGUCCUAAGGACCAGCGUCCCUCCCGCCCCGAACUUGCCUGGCUGGGCACGGAGACGAACGAAUUUGGUACGGACGAGUUUAUGAAGUGGUGUGAGGUUCUCGGCACUGAGCCCUACCUGUGCUUUAACUUUGGCACUGGUACACUGGACGAAGCUCUUGCGUGGGUGGAAUACUGCAAUGGCACGGGCAACACAUACUACGCCAACAUGCGCCGCAAGAACGGCCGUGAAGAGCCAUACAAUGUCAAAUACUGGGCCCUCGGAAACGAGACUUGGGGUCCAUGGCAAGUCGAGCAGAUGACCAAAGAAGCAUACGCCCACAAGGCACUGCAGUGGGCCAAAGCUCUCAAGCUCCUCGACCCCAGCCUCAUCCUCAUCCUCUGUGGCCAGGACGGCACCGCAACCUGGGACUACUACACCCUCAAGCACUGCCUGCUCCCCGCCCACUCCGCCCUGUCCACCAGCGCAGUGCCCCUCGUCGACAUGCACAGCAUCCACCUCUACACCAGCUCAAACGAGCACCUCCCCAACGCCACAGCCCCGCUCGCCGCCGAACGUGCCAUCGAAAUCACCUCCUCCCUGAUCGACCUCGCCCGCAUCGAAAACGGCGUUCCCCCUUCCCAGCCCCGCCCAACAAUCUGCUUCGACGAGUGGAACGUCUGGGAUCCCAUCCGCGCCGAGGGAAGCCGCGGCGCAGAAGAAAGCUACACCCUCUCCGACGCUCUCGCCGUCGCAAUCUGGCUGAACGUGUUCAUCCGGAAGAGUCGGGAUCUGGGCAUGGCUUGUAUCGCGCAGAGCGUCAACGUAAUCUCCCCGCUCAUGACUACCCCGGAAGGUAUCGUGAAGCAGACGACUUGGUGGCCGUUGUAUCUGUUUUCCAAGUUUAUGCGUGGGUGGACGGUUAGUGCGCACGUUUCGUGUGGAACGUAUGAGGGGGCCACGGCGCCCGUUUGGUUGCGGAGUGCGGUGCAGACGCCUUGGUUGGAUGUUAGUGCCUCCGUCGGCGAGGAUGGGUUUGCUAAUUUGGUGGUUGUGAAUAUUCAUGAGCAGAAGAGCUUUGAGACUAAGGUUGAGGGGGUUACUGGGGAUGUAGAGGUGUUUACUGUGACUGGGGAAGGGGUGGCCGCGACGAAUAUGAAGGGCAAGGAGGAGGUUGCUAUUCAGGAGUCCAAGUGGGAUGGUCAGGGCCUUUAUAUGUUCCCCAAGUUGUCGGUUACCUUGAUGAGGUGGAAGGCUGAGUGAAGGGGAAUUUGGGAUUGGAUUUAGGCCAGUUAUAGAGGUUCUUGGGUAUAGAUUGAGAUAGUUCCAAUAUGUGUGUUUCAUGAGUGAAUGUACACGAGCUAGAUAAAUCUCGCUCAUAGAAGUGAAAGGACAUGUAUUGCAUCUAAAUCGUUAUCUCGUGACUUUGUGGUGAUCGAGAUGGGUACUGGUCAACCCUUAGCCGUAGGUCACAUCUCGGACGGUGCCAUCGUGGUCAACAUGGACGUUCAGUCUAU